AUGACAACUCCGGCAGCCGCCGCCGCGGACUUCAAGUUCCCGCAAGAGUACUUCUUCCCCGCCUUCUUCACGCGCCAGACCAACCUGACGACGCGCCACGCCCAGCUGCGCACCUGGGCCGCCCUCGUCCUGUCCUACGCGCGCCACCACCGCCUCUUCCGCCUGCGCCUCUCCGAGGCCGCCGACUCGGACCUCUUCCGCAACCGGCGUCUCGAGCGGCGCCUCCAGGCCCCCGACAUCCGCGAGCUCGUCGACGCCAUGGUCAAGGACGGGCGGGCCGAGUAUCUGGCCGGGCCGGGGUCCUCGGCGGCAGCAGCGGCGGCGCAGGACGGAGGGGGGCUGGACGUGGUGCUGGUGUACUGGCGCAGGCCCGAGGAGUGGGCGGCGCUCGUCGAGGCGUACGUCGAGGACACGGCGCAAAAGGGGAGCGUGCUGACGGUGUAUGAGCUCUCCGAGGGCGACGGUACGCGCAACACGGAGCUUCACGGCAUCGACGGUGAAAUCCUGCGCAAAGCACUCAACAUACUCGUCAAGCGCGGCAAGGCCCAGAUCUUUGGCCAAGAAGACUCUCUCGGUGUCAAAUUCUUUUGA